UUUGCGACGGGUGGGCAAAGAAAUUUUUACUUCGCAUUCGCGGCUUAGAGUCUGAUGGGUGAGGACGUCUGACAUUCUUCAUCAAUUAAGUUAUUUUUCAAAUUCGAAUUAUUCGUUAAAUGUUAUCCGUGGUUUAUUUUCAAUAGUUACACUUUUUUAUUAUUAUUUGUGUAGUUUUAAUUUAAAUACUUCACUAUGUCGUUUUCAAAAGCCAAGAUCCAGAGGUUCAACGAAUUCAAAAACAACGUUCCACCACCAGGAGCGUACAAUCCGAAAUUCGAAACAAAGGUGAAAGGGCCUGUAAUCGAAAAAACCGAGAGAUUUCACGAUAAUAAAAGCGUAGUCAGUGCUGAAUGCAAUUUGUCUGUUUCCGGCAAAAGCACUAGUGCGAUAGCAGGUUUCAGAACGCCACAGCUUCCGCGAAAAAAAAUUACUACAAGACCAUGUUCAAAGGCAAAGCCGCGGGCACUCAUUAUGGCCAGCGACAACAAAUUAAAAUAUAAAUCGGAACACCAACUAGCAGAUCUUCAGAUAGAAUGCGAAAAUAAAGACAAAACCAUACAAGAAUACGAGAAAUUAAUUGAGGAAAUCAAAGAAAAUCGGGAGGCAUUGGAAUUGCAACUAGAGGAACUGCAUAAAAAACAAGUGGAAGUGGAUGACCAAUAUAAGAAAGACAUCGAGAUAAUGGCAAAAUUGCAGUUAGAAGUGUUAAAUAACCAGGAUGAGAAGCACCAAGCAGAAAUGAUGCGUCUGCGUUGUCAAUUUUUAGAAAUUUCAGAAGAAAGAGAACACGAAUUUCGUGCUAGGAAAAUGAUAGAAAGCGAUCUUAGGAGUCGCAUCGAGGAUUUAACCAAAAGAAUAACUAAGUUGGAGUCUGACUUGCAAAACAAGAAACUAGAUAACGAAGAAAAAAUAAGGAAAAUUGAAAAAGAGGUUGAAGAGUUGCAAAUGAAGUUACAGAAAUUGAAUGAAACACGCAUACAGGAAAUCAAUCUGUUGGGACACGAAAAAUUGGACUUAAAUUCACGAAUUAGUAGUUUAACUGAUCAACUGGCCGAAUGCGAAGAAAAACUGAAGAAAGCAAUCGCCGAGAACGACGACAAAGUAAGCGCCUCUCAAGUGAACACAAUGAUUCGGGAGGCUACAUCGGCUGUAGAAGAAGAAAUGCGACUGACGGCAGAAAGACUCUCCAUAAUUCUUGAGGACUUGAAGACCUCUGCGGAAGCUCAGGAGAGCUUUGGUCAAAGUUUGCAAAUGGAACUAGAUCGAGCAGAAACUGAAUUGGCAGAAAAAAAGGAAGAAUUGAGGGCUCUGAAAGAUCAGAUACGUACAGAAGCAGCAGAGAUGGUGGCUAGAAAAAAGAGAUUUGAAGUCAUAAUGGCAGACAAUCAAGCAUCGGUGGCCGCUUUGACUAAACGAUUAGCGCAAAGCAAUGUUGAAGUAGAAAGACUGCAACGUGAAUUAAAACGUGGAGAGGACUACAUAACCGAACAUCGAGAUUUAUUAAACAUUAUGCGCAAUAAUUCACAAAUAGUACAUGCACAAGUGCAUGCCUUGAUGGAGCAAUUAGAUGCUAAAAAGGGAUUAGUCAAUGAACUGGAAGUCGAAACAUUGAACGAAGUUGAAUCGGUCAGAUCUAUAUUCGAAUCGAAAAUCGAAGAUUUGAGUCAAAUAGUGGCGAAAGAAGUAACGAAGUUAAAAACCGAUUGUGAAGCAAAAGAUGCUCAAAAUGCCGAGAUGAGAAGUCAACUACAUGAAAUGGCCAAUCACCUGAAUGGAGCACGAGAUAUGUUACUACAAUUGGAAGAAUGGAACGAUGCUCAGGAGCUUGAAAUUUCAAGAGUGGAAUUGUUUAAUUAUAAACUUAACGAACAGUUAAAGAAAAGUAAAUUAGCAAUGGAGGAAGCUAAUCAUUCGCUUGAAACGCAAUCUGUAAAACAUAAGAUUGCCAUGGACGAGGCGAACGAAAAGAUUCAAGAACUUUCGAAUACAAUUAGAAUCCUUGAGGAGAGGAAUGGUUCUAUGCAAAAUAAGACUGAAGCAUUGAAUGAAGAAAAAGUACGUCGGGAAGCAGCGGAAGAGGAAGUUAGAAAACUUCGUGAACACAAUGCGCGUCUCAUGAAUGAUCAUCAAGAGAUUAGUGAAAAGUAUGCAGAAAUAAUUGGCCAUCAGAAUCAUAAACAGAGAAUCAAGCAUGUAUCACAAUUGAAAGAUAAGAUCAAUCAAUUAGAGCAGCAACAACAGAAAACAAUUGAAAAGUUAAAGAUGGAAGAUAAGCGUAUACAUAGCAAAGGGAAAGAAAAUGUAAUCAGUGUUCCUAAGCAUACACAUACGACACCUUUAUCAUCUCCCCUUAAACCAUUAACGCCUCUAAGAAGUAGAAAUGACUAAUUUUAGUUAUCAUAGGUGGAGUGUUUUAUCUUAUAAUUAUGAUAAGUGCACCUUAACAAAAAAAUUGUAUAAA